ACUGUUACCAGUGAGAAGCCUUCAGUCCCAGCAGUGUUGUUUUCAACAGAAAGUAGCCAUGCUGCGGGUAAGCUGGCGGGCGAUGCUGCUCUGUGCCUGUGUUCUGGGAGUAGUUACUCUCGGCCUGGGUCUAAUGCAAGCUACCCAUCUGGACAGAAGAUUUUCAAAGCAGUUCAAAUACAGCAGAGAGCAUCGCACUCCGCAGCACCAGGAACCUCGCCUGGGAGGCCAAGCAGACCUCCAGAAAACUAGAGGCCCUCACCCAGCACCCAGACCACUGGAAGUGAUGGAGGACAGGCUGGGAAAGAGAAUCAAGGAAUCAAAGACAGGAAGCAUUGACGGGAUGAGGUGGCUAGGGGAGGACAAUGAGAUUAUUGACCAACCACAGGUCAAAGGUGGAGGAAAUGGCCAUAAAAGGGGGGCAAAAGAGCCAGGAAAACAACGGCCGUGCUUGAACAUAAAAGAGUUCUCCAAAAAGGAGCUCCAGGGCUUGCUGGACUCUGGAAGGCAGAGAGACUGGCUCAGCUCUCGGGACGAGGGGAUUCUGACACUUUUGAAGGAAGGGUCUAUCCGGAAAGUCUAUCAACUCAACCGUCCAUCCAAAACUGCCUGUGUGGUUUUGGGGCUGGACCCUUCCCAGCCUGUAGAUGGUGCUAGAGAUUACUGCGAGGAGGGCUGGUGUGCGCUGGCCAGAGAGGAAGGGGGUCUUGGGGAGGUGGUGCAGUUUCACCUGGACAGGAUCCUGGGUGUGGGGUACCGCCCACCUGCCGUCGCCCGCACCCUCACCAGCUGGCUCCUGCCCUUCCGCUACACCGACAGCCCUAAAGGACUGAGCUGGUGGGACCCCACCCUGCCUCCAGAACGGACCCCUGCUGGGCUGUGUGAGGGCAGGGGCUCCUGUGAGGGUGAGGGUGAGGGUGAGGGGUGGCCUAAUGACACCUCCAGUCUCCUGCUAGACUACCUGCUGCAGGGAACGGAUGCAAGAUUAAUGGUUUCUGACGUGCAGAAUGAACUUGACUCAGCGCUGAUUAAACAUUUUGAUCGAUUGCCUCGGAUGUCAGUGUCCUUGUUGUCCUCAGGAUGUGUUUCAGAGAAGCUGCUGCUCUCCCUCUCUGGUGAUCAUGUCUUCUGGGAAUCCCAGAGCCUGGAGUCCAUCCUGGAGCUGGUUCACCGGAUUGAAACCAAUGGGAUAGCUUUAGUUAGACUGGUGCAGGAGACCAGGAGGAAGAUGAAAUUGUAA